CGUGGCAGCGACGCCUCAUGCCGCAGUGUCUCUUCGCGCCCCGCUCUGCACAGACGCGCGCAGCUGCGACGCUGUGGCCGUCCACCUGCCGGGCGCGAACGCGUGACAUGCCGAUUGGAGCACACCCACGCAGCGCAACUGCCUCGCUCUGCCGGUACGACGAGUCGUAACCCGAGUUCCCGAACAGGUUUUCAGCGGGACUGUUCCUCAGGUGUACGCACGAGACUUUGUCGCUACCUGGGCAAUACACACGAGGACAAAUACUUGUAUGGGCCUACGAAAGUGUCUUAUUCGUCAGUCGGGGAAUGUCAGACAGCUAAUUAUUUCUCAAAUGUGAUUAACAUUAGAAGCACUCCCUACGCCACGAGAUAGCCGUUCAGUUGCUUUGACAGACAUGGAAUACAGUGGUCUCCGAUUUCUUACGCUGAUAAUUGCGACUAUCUUUAGCUGUCAAGGGGGCUGGAGCCUGCGGCUGGUGGAGGUGAGGAUCCCGAUGCACACGGUGCUGCACCAGAACGCGCGCCUCGAGUGCCACUACGACCUGGAGGGCGAGUCGCUCUACUCGGUCAAGUGGUACAAGGACGGCCGCGAGUUCUACCGCUUCGUGCCCAGGGACACGCCGCCGGCGCAGAUCUUCCAGCUGCCCGGAGUCGUCGUCGACAUGAACAACUCGACGGCGAGCCAGGUGGAGCUGAAGGACGUGACGCUGAGCAGCUCCGGCCGGUACCGCUGCGAGGUCUCCGGGGAGGCGCCCUCUUUCCAGACCGUCUCCGAGCACGGCGACAUGAUCGUAGUCGCCCUGCCAGACGAGGGUCCCCGGAUCACGGGCGGCCGACCCCGCUACCAGGUUGGCGACACUGUCAGGGUCAACUGCACCUCGGGCAGGUCCAAGCCGGCCGCGCAGCUCGCCUGGUUCAUCAACGGGGAGCAGGCGAACUCGACGCUGCUACGAGGGCCGUACAUUCUGGUGUCGAGCGACAACUCUGUUCUGGACGGUGAAGACACGGGCCUGGAGACGUCAGUGCUGGGCCUGGAGUUCAAAGUGAGGCCGCGGCACUUCCGGCGCGGCGACAUGAAGCUCAAGUGCCUAGCGACGGUGGCGACCGUGUACUGGCGCACCAACGAGGAGAGCGUCGAGAGCGACCGCCUGCAGAAGGCGCCCGUGCUGGAGAGCAGAGCCACGCGGCCGCCGAGCGUGUCGCGCGCGGACAUGGUGCAAGCCCCAGGCUCCAGCGGCGCCGCCUCCAGGCUGCGCGCCCUGGGCCUCGCAGAGACACUGCUCGCCGCCGCCGCCGCCUUCCUAUGGGUGGUCCUCUGCGGCGCGCCUCUACCCGCCCCUGCCGCCGCGUCGCGAGCGACAAGUGCUGCCGCCCGCAGGUAGCACCCGCGCAUGCGCGUCGCGGUCUCCCGGCGGCGCCCAGCGGCUGUAAACACUGCGUAAUGUUUACCGAGCAGAGCUCGGGUUGACUGUUUGAAGUCACAGGUGUGCGUGUGCGCGUUCUGCUGCACGACGGACGGCAUCCUCCGCGGAACGCAAUCGAGUCUCGAUCCUCCCCACUCCCGAUACAUUCCUCCCCUCCCCUCUCCGGCCUUUAUUGUGCAGCUACAACCGACUGUACUAUUGGCUUUUUUGUAGACGACACAGUCAGUGUACUCUCUUACUGCAGUCCGUGGUUUUAGAUAAACAACUACGCAACAACAGCUUGAGUUGUGUCUCUGAAAGUGUAGACAACACUUUUGUGAAGAUCGUACGAAAUCUACAAAAACAACUGAUACGUUCUACACGAGGAUAGUCCAUAAUUAAUCACAUUAUCACGAGAGAAAGUUUUCAUCUGUGAGACUUUACAUCAAUUACUGUAUUGAACUCGCACCUAAAGACGUCAUUUGUAAUAAAAUUUUCUUGCAGAAAUAGUAAUGCGGUAUUGUCUUAGUUCAGUCAUGGACUUGCUAUUCACUUGAAGUUUCUCGUUAUUUUGGUAAAUUACCAACUUCCUUAUCUGUCAGAACGAUGCUAUAUAUUUUUCGUUAACUUCACAGUCACAUAUGAUAAAACUGAGAAACAGAUGCGUCCUGUAAGUAACUUGUACUUAAUGUACCUUUAUUGUAUGUUGCUUUUUUAUGGAGUCACUUCUGUAUACACUUGUACAUAUUACAUUAUUUGUAAAUAUUACAA